UUGAGAAAUUUAUCAUAUUACGGUCAAGAAGAGGAUUAAUUCACAAUCUCGUGAAUUAGAUCCAUGGGUGACUACUUUGAAAGGAGAAUGGAUUAUGACAUUGACCUAAACAUUCCAUUGGUUUCUCAAAAUAGCACUCAAAACUUGAUGAACAUAAGAGCUGCAUACAAAGAAGUCCAUCAAACUACUGCUACUACAAAUGUUUCAACUUUGGUCACAAAACAAGGCUCUAUUGCUAGAUCAGUUUCUCACAAUAUUCAUGUUGAACCAAUGUUUUUCAUUGAUUCUCUCCUUGUCAUUGCCAACCACGGAGUCCCGAGAGACCCUGGACGUCGCCGCUACCGCCGUCAUGGACAACCUCGUAAAGCUUGUCCAACUGAUCCAUUAAGAUUUUGCACAAAUCUUCAUUGUAUGACAAGAAAAACUCCCAUGUGGCGCUCUGGACCUAUUGGACCAAGGACUUUGUGCAAUGCUUGUGGAAUUUACUAUAACAAACAUAUGAUACAUGGAAAUAUUCCUGCAAUUAUAAUCCAUGAAGAUGGUUCUUCAUCUGUUUUUGUUCCACCAACAAAAUAUUUGAAAAGAUAUUCUUCAACUUCUUAAUUAGGAUGAGAUGUGGAGCUAUCAACUCUUUCAUUGUUUCUCUUGUUUCCAUGUUUUUGAAUAUGUGAGAGAAUGGUUUAUUCUCGUCACAUUAUUUUAUAGCAGAUGGUUGUUUUUUUGGGGUAUAAUGAUAAUUAUGAUAUUGUUGUUUUUGUUGUUGGACAAGUUUAUAUGAUUGGUGAU